UCAGGUCUGCAUCGUCAGAAUAAGAUAAGAUCUUCUGAUAAACAUAAUCAAAUUAUGAAUAAACAAAUUAUUUUCUUCAUAAUCCCAUUAUAUUAUUUGUUUGAAUCAGAAGCUAGCAACAACCAUAUUUUCGAGUUGCCUGACUAUGAAUAUUAUGUCGAUAGGUAUAUAGAGAACAAACCGUCUUUGAGAGAAAUAUUUUUAGAGAGAAAGAAUCAAAGACGAGCAAAAGAAAUGAGAAUUCAACUCUUAAAUAAAUUGUCUUCAAAGGAUACGGUUUACUUAAACGGCAUAGCACAUAUAGUGGUAGAUGAGAGAUUAGAGAGUUGGAAUAAAAUAAAUGAAAUCGAAUUUGACCUUAGGGGACUUUUGGCUGCUAUUGGAGUAAGUUAUGUUUAUAAAAGAGACCAUUUUUGGCGAACAUGGAAAAAAGUGGUUUAUCCAAACAACUUAGCGAAGAUUGUUUGUUAUAAAUGUAACAAUGCUAUAAAUACAACGUACAAAAAGUGUCCUGGGUUUUGGACUAUCGAAGAAGACACACCCCCUUGCCCUGUAGAUUUAUUUUCCGUCAUAAGCCCAGUCCAUGUGUGUGGGGCCAAAUUUACCCAAAUUUAUAACUACACCGAUGCCUGCCCCGUCGUCAUAAAAUUCGCAGAUAUUGUAAGCAGCUGUGAUAAUCCCAUCAAAACUACAUAUCAGAUCACAAGGUUGUUCAAAAAAUCUAAAGGGCUACCGGAAACUAUUUGUGGUAAACGCGACUACUGCGAAAUAUCGACUUAUUACAGAAUUUAUAAAGAUUUUAUAUUUUUUAGAGUGGUAAAUUCCAGCAAUGAUAUAAUAUAUUCACGAAUCAUGAAAUAUGGGAACAAAAAUUACGUUUGUAUUAAAAACUGUGGGAGUACCGAUUCCAAGAGCAAUAACGUUACAGAUGAUAAGCCUUUAACUUUUAGUUUAUUAAAAAAACGCGUUAGCAAGCGUGAAAACGAGUUAUCCAUAUUUAAUUUUCACAACACUAAGCCAAGAAAAAAAGUUAUUAAAAAGUAUAAAGUCAGUAAAAAAGAGGCGGGAAAAAUCAAAAAUAUCUUUGAGACGAGCAAUGAAGAAACUUUAAAAAGAACGAUAUUUUCACUGCAAGAGCAAUUGAAAAGAAUUAAAGCCAAAUAUUUACCUAUGCUUAUAACGCCUACUACCGAAUCUGUUUGUUCCAAGUUACGUAGAAAAACGGCAACGGAAGAUUAUGAAAUAAAUGAUAUUGACUAAAGACAGUCAGCGUUUUUAAUUAAACUAAAUGAUCAAAC